AUGAGAAAGCGUCUCCACGACUUGAAAGCCGGGCUCAAAGCCGAUCUGAAAGCUGCUCUUCCAGCACGACCAAGCCAGCAAACCGAGGAUCAAUCAUCUAUCGAUGGGGCCUCGACCUCGACACUAACAGUGCCGGCCCUUGUAAAAUUGGAUACUCCAGAUCAGACAUCGGACGGUCCUCCUGCCUUGAGUAAGGCGAGUAAUGGUCAAGAUGAUAAACCUGCGACGACCACGCAAAUUGGGCAUAAAACGGGUCACGUGAUAUCGGACAUCAAAAGUGGAAGGUCAUCGCCGGAAACUUCCCUUCAGGUUGAGGACGGGCGAGUUUCGAGUGAUCAACGAGAUCCAGAGCAUUCGGCUAGCAAUGAGACUGUCGCUUUGCUAGGAAAAGAGAACAACAAUGGACUUUCCCUCAAAAAGGAUGAGUGGCAGGUGGCAUCCGAAGCUGUAUGGAAACAGGCUUACGACCGAUUCGUGAAGGAGCAAAAGGAUCUGAGCGAGUUCUAUGAGACAUUCAUUGGGGUUGAUGCUGGUGUUCCCCCUAACUCAGACAUCAAAACAGAGAUGAGAGCAAUUGUGGAGAAGCAGCAAAAGCACAUGGAGGAAAGACAAUGGACUUUUCGAGCAUGGGGGAUGUCGAAACCAAGGAAAGUCAGAGAUGCUAUCGAUGGAAUUUUCAGUACGGCGAAGAAUGCUUCUGGCCUUAUAUCUCUUGGUAUGACUUUUGCCCCAGUAUACGUGUCGCUCCCGUGGUCAGCGAUAAGUGCUCUAAUCCCUUUCAUAAUGAACGACACCGCACAACAGAAUGGGGCCAUUCAAGGAGUUGAAGACAUCACAAGAAUCAUUCACGGAUACAACAUUGCCGAGAAAACGUACCUCGGAAUGAAGGGCGCGGAAAUUGAUGAAAGAUUUGCCGAUGCUGUACUUGACCUUUACGUGGCUAUUUUGACAUACCAGGCCGAAGUUGCGCGGUAUUUCGGGAAAAGGACUGCUAUAAAUCUGUUGACAAACGCUUUACAACAAGGAGUCGUCUGGAAAGAUGAGUCUGCGUCCAUCGUCAAUAAAGACAAGGAAGCCCAAAGAAACCUAUCGUUUCUCGGGCCAGGACUGGUUGAGGAGUUCUUCAAAAUGCAAAAUAAGAAGUAUGAGCUCCUUAUCAGGGCCAUCUCUAGUCAAAGAGAUCGAGACGACGACUUGCUCAAAUGGCUUUAUCCUCGCCCACCGUUCGAAGGUCACUUUAAAGUAGCCAAGGAUCUUGGCCAGCGUUAUACCUCCUCAAAUAAAUGGAUACUCCAUCUCCCAGAGUUCAUAGACUGGAAGUCUUCAGCAGAUGGCGUUCUCCUGUUAGAAGGUAGUGUCGGAACGGGAAAAAGCAGCAUCACAUUUUCAGUUAUCGAGGAUUCGUUGAAAAAUCCUGGAGGUGGCCACCUUGCUUUCUUCUACUGCUCUAAAAGUACGGGGGUUGAUCAAGAUUUGACUUUGUCUAUCUUGAAAAGUUUCCUACGACAAUGUGCAACUAAUGUCGAAGAGGGGUCAAUCCACUCGACUAUUCGCGAGUUUCAUGACGAUAACAAGGAGAGGUGUCCUGAAAAAUGCGAUCUUGGGUCAGAAGAAUGUUUUCCACAGCUCAAAGACAUUGUGAAUGCGUCUAGACAUCUCACUAUAGUGAUUGAUGCGCUCGACGAAUGCCAAGACCUUGAUGAUUUAUUGUCAAAUAUUGAGGAACUACGGAGAGAGGCAGGAGACAAGCUUCGAAUAUUCUUGACAAGCCGAUAUGGACUUGCUGAUACCGUUCGCAGCUACUUACCAGACGCCAAACGCCUUGAAAUCCUUGAUCAAAACUCGGCUGAUAUCGAGGAAUACUUGAAGCAGGAGAUACCUGUCGAAAUGGAAGCGCGCCGAGUCGGCAAUGCUAUGACCGAUGAGCAAGCUAACAGAUUAAAAGAAAUGCUCAAGAGUCGGGCUCGAGGAAUGUUCCUCUGGGUCACACUCCAAGUGGGUGUGUUCCUUCCGCAAGACCGGCGCGCAAGACCCAAAACUGUGGAAGAUGUAGAAUCAAGGCUCAAAGCGCUCGAGGCAUCUGGUGCAGACCUUCACGAAAGGUUAAGUAGUGCUUACGAUCAAGUCUAUAAAAUUGCCAUCGGACCUGCUGAUCAGUCUCGUCGAAAAGCUAUGGUCGAUACAGCUCUAAAAUGGGUGCUGUGCUCGUACCGACCUGUCAACAUAUCCGAGCUCUGUUACGCAGUUGCCAUUGGUCCAGACGGUGUUUUGAACGAGAGUAUCAAAAAUGGAGAUGACGUCCUACUUGAAGUGUGCAGCAAUCUGCUUACUAAAGACCCAUCCGGUGUCAUCCGCCUUUCUCACCUCUCGGUGAAAGAAUAUUUUCAAGGUCGGAAAUCGAUCACGGAAUCUUCUGGCCCAUUCGAUGUGAUAAAUUGUCAUGCACAAGUUGCGCUUACUUGUUUGCACUACAAAUGCCUCAAUGUUCCACGAGAAAGCAGUCAAGCAUCUCGUACUCAGCACGAGUUCUCUGUGACAGCUAAUGAUAUCAACGCUAUCGGCCUCCCCACGUACGCUGUCACCUAUUGGUCAAAACACUACAAGAAUGCUGGCCGCAAUGAGAGCAAGGCAUUAGAGGAAAGUAGUCUUUUUCGACUUCUUAUAAAGUUCCUCGAAUCUCGUCCGGAUGGCCCCAGAAGAAUGCAAAUUCUAAACCUAGGUAACAACGACAAUCUCCAAGAUAUCCCAGGACCAGUCUUUACACUAGAAGACAAACUUCGCAAGGCUGCUAGGCUCGGCUGGGAAGAUGAGGUAGAGAGCCUCAUAGCCCUAGGUGCUAGUAUAUACGGUCAGAAUGCCUAUGGAGAUACGGUACUUCAUGAAGCUGUAGAUUGGGGUCGAGCAGAUGUAGUAGAGAUUAUUCUUGGCAAUGCUGAUGUGCGAGAUCCCGAUUUGCUAAGUAUAGCGAACGCCUCGGGUAACACCGUACUGCAUGCAUCUGUUUUCUGGGGCAGGAAAGAUGUUCUGCGGGUCAUGGCGGACAGAUCUUCCUUCUUUGCCCCCUUGAAUAUUAAUUCUAUGUCGCCGCUAGAUGUUAGUAACAUGGAGAAACAUCUAGAGGCUGACCAGGUUUCACCUGCCCCAUCUGACUCCACUCGAGUAUCAGCCAUAUGGGACCAAAAGAAAGUAUUCUUCGCAGGCGCGUCUUUGACCACAGAACAUGGGCGCUAUAUAUAUGAAGAAAGCAACACUCCAUAUAUCCAAAAUACGGAAACAAAGACCGAGUUCAAGGAUCUUUACCUUGAAACCUCUGCUUCAUGUGGCUGUAAACUUUGCGCACUCUUCGUGCAAGAGUUCAUUCGUCGAGGCUACUUCUUCGACGAUAGAGACGAAACAAGCUCGUAUGUGUCUGUUAAGCUAUCGCUUGCCAAUGUCCCAUGGUCUAGUACAGGCUCUCGAGAUCUACUCACCGUAUUAGUUGGUGAGAAUGCCAAGGUAGUACUAGAAUUGCACAUCGAUAGUGAUAACGCCCCAACUAGAGGAACUUAUGAAGACCUUAGUGGAAGAUCCAUAGCGCGAGUUUCCCACAGCGAAGAAUGUUUCUCUCUGGCGAAAUCAUGGCUUGAUGGCUGCCAAAAGAGUCACACUAAAUGUCAAGCAAAUCUAGAAUCCCGAUUACCUACAAGGGUUGUCUGCUUUGACGAUAGCUCGGACGAUGAUGACUUUCAUCUACGCCUCCGCAACAGUGAAGUGGACGAGCGUGGGGCAUAUGUCUAUUUAUCGUACGCCUGGGGGGGGCUCCAGCCUUUAAUAACUAAAGAAAGCAAUAUGUCGGAUUUUACGAAAGGAAUACCUCUGGAGACCAUUCCCGUAACCUGGCGUGAUGCUUUCGUUCUAGUACGGCAGCUGGGCAUCAAGUACCUGUGGAUUGAUGCUCUAUGUAUCGUUCAGGAUUCGCAGGAAGAUUGGGCUCGAGAGGCCUCCCAGAUAGGUGACUAUGUCUCAAAUGCAGCCAUUGUUCUUGCUGCUGGAUUUGGGGCCAACCCCAGUACUGGAUUAUUUACAAGCAGACAGACCGAAGAUUUGACAUGGCUUGUCUACACUGGGGUAAAAGCCGGUGGCCAUUCAAGCAGCGGAGUUGUUCGUUUUCGACGUCCGUUGGAAGAGACGCGCGAGGCAAUCUUGAAGACGCCAUUGGCACAACGUGCCUGGACGAUGCAGGAAACUGUAUUACCAGAGAGAUUACUUUAUUAUGGUUCGGAGCAGCUGUAUUGGAACUGCCAAGAGUAUGCCCUUGCUGAAGGAAGCACAUUUCCGGAAAGACCCAUCUGGGACCUUGCAUCCCAGAUGCGGGCUCUAUCGACUCAGCCGACGUCCAAUAUAUCCCCAUUACUACUCAACCCAUGGUAUGGUCUUGUUCAGGAGUACAGCGCCAGGGUUUUGGUCUACCGCGGGGAUAAAUUUCCUGCGAUUGAAUCCAUUGCGCGGGCUUUUGAGGCAAGCGGCGGUAAUUACUUUGCAGGCUUAUGGAAAAACGACAUGCACAGAGGCCUGCUAUGGAAUGUGACCAAGCUAGCGAAAGCAGAGCGGCCGGAGUAUAUUGCGCCUUCUUGGAGCUGGGCGUCUCUAGACGUGCCUGUUAACUAUGAAGUUAUGAAAGGGAUCAGACUCCCGAUAGACUCGAGGAGCAGUGCAAACAUCAUUGACAUUACGGUUGAAUCUAGCUCGUUUCAUUCAUUCGGACGGGUCAAGAGUGGGCAUCUCAUCCUGAGCGGCUUGGCCCAAGAAGUCAAUGAAGAUCUAAAACUCUCCUCCUCUACAUAUCUUUUUGAUACUAGGAGAGGCCGAGAUUUAUGGGAAGCAAAGGCCAGCUUCACCAGCGUGCUGAUUGCAAGAUGGGCCCAUGGUCUUACCAACAGAGGCAGCCAAUGGGUAGGACUUAUCUUGUCCAAGCUAGAGAAUCAGGACAACACGUAUGUUCGCGAGGGACUGCUCAUCGGACCCAUGUAUGAAGACAAAAUGCUCGGAUGGGAGCGACGGACUUUGAAGAUUGUUUGA